UUUUGUUUUCUUAGCUAUCCGAGGGCAGUUGGUUAGCCAAUGAGCACGGCUGGAAGAGUAGAGGCUGCCACGAAUCACUAUUUGCCAAGAUUUGCCAGAAUAGCAAAAGAGGCGAAAGUUCGGCAGAUCGGCUACAGUGUCGAUAGAGAUCCAUUGACCGGAAGGAUUACUUUCACCUAUAAUAUAACGUGGACAGACGUAGAUGACAGCUUGGUGCAAAAAUAUGAAAUUUUGAAGAUGAAUCUUACCAGAAGAACACCAAGAGCGAUGAGAGAUGAAGAAAGGUCCGGUCUUCCACGAUUGAUCAAGUGCGAUGGAGCCUGCGACAGAUGGGCUCCUGAAGACUACAUCAUUCAGUUCGGGCUUUGCGAUCAUAACAUAUGCUAUCGAUGUUAUGAAAACGAAGAGAGUAUAGCGCUCACUAACGAUGGUUCACGAGGCUGCUGUAACAAAGAGUGUGUAGCGAGAGCCAAAGCAGAACUGGCUUUGAAAACUCCCAAAAGUUCGAAAUCGGCCAUUGCGCUUGGAAGUAGAGCUUUCUAUGUGCCUUUUCCGGGAAAGAAGAAAAGAAGAAAGCUGGAACAGUCGCAUGAUCGUCGCACCGUGCCAGUAAAGCAAGCAGAUGCAAGCAGCAAACCGUGGAAGUCGAAACCACAAGCUAUAAAUAGCGAAGCGACCUUUUUUGGUGACUAUGAUGAUGCACGUCUCCAAGAAAUGGCCGAAACCAUGCGAUUAGCUAAAGUUUGAGGCCCAAAAAAUUAAAACGAGAAAUUGUCAAGUAAAAUGCAAAGUAUUUUUGUGUAAAUGUUUUUCUGUAAAUGGUAGAUCUGUGCCUGUAUAAAUG